AUGACUACCGAACCAGCUCUCAAGAAGGAAAAGCUCGACCAAUCUAACACCUUACAGGUGUUCUUAAGAUCCGACAGAGCCACCUUGCCCACCAAGGGCUCCGCCAUGGCCGCUGGAUACGACAUCUACUCCGCCGAAGCUGCUGUGAUCCCUGGCCACGGCCAAGGCGCCGUCGCCACUGACAUCAGCGUGAUUGUUCCUUACGGCACGUACGGAAGAGUGGCUCCAAGAUCCGGUUUGGCCAUGAAGCACGGUAUCUCCACUGGUGCUGGUGUCGUGGACGCUGACUACCGUGGGGAAAUCAAGGUCAUUCUCUUCAACCACUCCGACAAAGAUUUCAAGAUCGAGAAGGGAGACAGAAUUGCCCAGAUGGUGUUGGAAAAGAUCAUCAACGCCGACAUCAGACAAAUCUCCAAGGAAGAGUUGGUUGAAACUGCCAGAGGCGAGGGUGCCUUUGGAUCUACUGGUAGAUAA